AUGGUCUUCACCGAAGAAUAUUGGGUGAAAGGUGUUCAGUCUCGCUUGGCAGGGGAUUGCUCCAGAAGUGUGAAUAUUCGGACUCUGGCCGAAGCCUACAAGAAAAGGUUCGCAUCGCAUGCCACCGCGAAGAAGAAGGGCGCUCCCAGGCGAAGCACAGAUCCAGAAGGCACCGUCGUCAACUCCAAGCUCUCAGAGAACCUUCGAAGCGUGCUCGAGAAGCAAAAAACCCUUUAUCAGGAGGUUCUUCAAGCAAAAUCCGUCGAACAGCAGGACAGGACGGAGUCCACGGAGCCGAACUUACACGUGACACUGCAGCGUAGCUAUUUCUACCCCAUGGACAUCCGCUGCCGUCGAUUCUCAACUGAACACGGAGCUCAGAACAUAUCUCGACUCACGAGGGCCAUCUGCUUCCCCGAUACUGCAGACUAUGACAUCUCGGCAUCAAUGUUCACUAUCGUUGUGCAGCUGUUCGAUCUGGUGCAACCGGAGGGCAUGGCCAUUCCCUCCUGGCGUGCCGUGGCAGCGAAUCGCAGCGCCGUCUGUAUAAACAAGCUGAAGUGCACCGAUGCCGUGGGCAAACAAAUUCUUAUGGAAGUCGCCAACGGAGCGGCAGUCACGAAUUUCCCGAACAUCCAAAAGCAGGGUUUGGCAUUCUUGACAGCUUUGUCUACGGAAAGUCGCCUUCUGCGAUGGCUCGCGUGCACACAGUUGCAUGCCGAAUACUUGCAGUUGCGUCGCGGCUCCAGGAACCACUGGCCGGAGGCAAACAUUUUUGCGGUGUGGUGGAACGCCGCAGAGGAUUACAUCCUCCAGGCAAUGCUUUCUGCGAUUCAACGACAAGGAUUCGCAGGACACAUUUCGUGUCAUUUCGACGGCAUUCUUCUUCGAAAGUCCUUGGUGAAGUCCGUAGAAGAGAAUAACGGGAUGAACAUUAUCUCGUUUCUACAAGAAGCUGUUUCAGCGCAAACGCUUUUCAAGGUGACACUCAAAGACAAAACCGUGUCGUCCCUGGAUGAGUUGCUGGCCAUGAAGUUCAAACCAAGCGAGGUCACGGCCGAGUUGGGCCAGUACGUGGACACCUUGACCGCCGUCCCCAACUCUAUUCCUGCUGCAAUGGUAUUCCUAGGAGCGGAUCUGAAGCGGAUCAUUCAACGUCUACGAGAAGAAUCUCCUGCAAACACAAAAGCAGAGACUCGUCAUCUUCGACAGUACUCUGACUGGAAUGGCUGUGGACAAUUGCACUUCCUCCCGCGGGGUGCUUGCGCCGCUGAGGCCAGUUCAGACUUCCUGCUGCACAUCGAGCUCCCGGAGUCCUCCUGGUGCAUGGGUGUCAAGGUCCUUCCCAACGACGCCAUCCUACUCAUGCGUGGUGGUCGCGUGUACGAAGGAUCCAUGUCGACGAUUGUGAUUUAUGUUUUCUCGAUCUACUCGCCGGAUGAGAAUGCAAAAAACGAAGGCGAGGUAGAAGUGGGCACGGAACUUCGCCAGCUCCUACAACAGGAAGUGGCCGCAUCCAUUGACGCGGUGAAGGGCAAAACUGGGGCGAACUUUCCGCCAACGACGU